AUGACAAACACAAGGAUAACGGAUCCAGAGAUAAUCGAACGAAGAUUAGAUCAUGCGGUUAUGUUACGCGAGUUCUCACUUCGUAGAGGUGGUAAGGGUUUGCAUAGAGGUGGCAACGGAGUGAUCCGUGAUCUUGAAUUCCGUGAGCCACUUCAAGUGAGUCUACUUACGGAAAGAAGAGUAUUCCAUCCAUACGGAUUAAGAGGUGGUAAAGAUGGUGCAAAGGGAUUGAACCUUUGGAUUCGUAAAGACAAGAUUAAAGGGAAAGACCGAGUACUUAAUUUAGGUGGUAAAAACAGUUUUAAGGUUGGUGUGGGAGAUCGAGUUGUGAUUUGUACGCCAGGGGGUGGUGGAUGGGGAGUACCAACUGAUGAAACUAAUGACGAUAUGGACAUUGAUGAAGCAAUUACGAGAUUUUUGUAA